AUGCCUCUCACUGGUCACUGUCUCUGCAAAGCGGUCACCUACACCGCGGCUGUGGACCAGCCCCUCAUUACCGCGUACGACCACUGCGAUGACUGCCAGCGCCAGAGCGGUUCCACCUACUCUCUGGUCACUGUGGUCCCCAAGGAUAGCCUGACCAUCAACGGCCCUGUCAAGAAGUACACCAGCAAGGGCUCUUCUGGCAAUGACGUCCACCGUCUCUUUUGCUCGGAGUGCGGUUCCCCCAUUGCCCACGACCCAGACGCAGCCCCGCCGAUCAUUGCCCUGAAGGCCGGGACCCUGGAUACCGAGAUCAAGAAGAACCUGAAGCCGGACACCGAGAUCUGGACCGUCAGCAAGCUUCCUUUCUGCUCGGAGCACCUCGAGAAGCCCUUCAAGCACAUGCCCGAGUAA